AUGUAUGCUGUGUACAAGCAGGCGCACCCUCCCACGGGGCUGGAGUUUUCCAUGUACUGCAAUUUUUUCUCCAAUUCUGAACGCAACUUGGUGGUGGCUGGAACCUCUCAGCUGUAUGUUUACAGGCUCAACCAAGACUCUGAGGAUGGCUUCGUGCAGAAUGUCCACAUCCCCAAAGUGCGGGUGGACCCUGACGGGCGCUGCGCGGUGAUGCUGAUCUACGGGACGCGGCUGGUGGUGCUGCCCUUCCGCAGAGACACGCUGACGGACGAGCACGAAGGGGUCAUGGGUGAAGGGCAGAAGUCUAGUUUCCUGCCCAGCUACAUCAUCGACGUGCGGGAGCUGGACGAGAAGCUGCUGAACAUCAUCGACAUGCAGUUCCUGUACGGCUACUACGAGCCCACCCUGCUCAUCCUCUUUGAGCCCAACCAGACCUGGCCAGG